AUGGAUCCUCUCGCGAGUUUUUUCUCAUCAAAUUCUCUAUACAAGCCUUUUGGUACUUUCCUGUUUUGCACAGACUCAGGUGGGCACACCGCUUUUGAAGAUGAGAUCCUAAUCCUUGAAGUGUUAGACGCCAUGGCGUCAUCCAAUCCUAGAAGCUUUCAAUUGCUUGAUUAUAGGAACGAAUUGGGUUCGAUCAGAAGGAAGAUAUUGUAUCGUGGGGAUUCUAUAUUUGGUGAAUGGUACUCGAAUCCAUUGAUGGCUGGGGUCGUGACGCAAUUUCAGGACAUCAACGUCUUGGAUGAUAUCUCGCAUGGUCUGAUUGCCAGAAGUGAAAAUAUAUGA